AACAACUUUGAGGAAAUUCGAAUUCUGAAAUCUGAAUACGAGAGGACUUCAUCAUGUGCUUGCCCAAGCGAGUCAGCGGAGGCGCCAUCCAGAGCGUGGCCACAGCCGUUGGUAAUUUGCUUUGCUUUAACUUUGGCGUCCUCUUUGGAAUUACACCCGCUCACAUGGAUCUCUAUGAAUCGGAGCAACGAACGCCGCUCAACAAAGUCACAGAUCCCACGGGCACUGCUCUAUUAACGGGCUACCUUUUCCUGAGCGCCGCCGUUGGAGCCGCCUCUUCCGGCUGCCUGGCCAUUCGUAUCGGUCCCAAGUCCGUGCUGCUCUGCAGUGGAUUGCUCCAAAUUUUCAGCUGGUUUACGAUUCACUUUGGCUUCGAUAUCGUUCACAUCUAUGCCUCCCGCAUGUUUGGGGGCGUGGCAGCUGGCGCCGCGUUUGUUGUGCUGCCAAUUUUCAUCAAUGAAAUUGCUGAGACCCGAGAGAAGGCCGCCCUCUUGACAUUCACAAUCGAACUGUGGCGCACGCUGGGCAUACUCGUUGGCUUUGUGCUAGGUUUCUAUUUGCCCUACCAUUACGUAAAUAUUGUGGGCUGCAUGAUGUCCUGUGUGUUCUCCCUGUGCUUCCCCUUCGUGCAGGAGAGUCCGCAUUACUUCAUGCGCAAGGGCAAUCUGCCGGCUCUGGAGAAGUCACUUCGUUGGUAUCGAGGCAUACGCGACAUAGAUGACCGCGAGAGGCCCGACUAUCUGCAGGAGCUGUCCGAGUUCAAGGCCGAGAUGAAAGGUGAGGGCAAGGGCAUCGGCUCAGAGCACUACCCGCGCAGCUACGUCAUCCGCCUGAUCGGCGUCAGCUUUCUGCUGACCAUCUGCGCCAAGUUGAGCGGCGUCUUCGUGGAGCUGAACUAUGCGGCCGACUUUCUGGGUCGCACUGGCUACACGAUGGAGCUGAAUUAUGUUCUGCUCUCCAUAUCGCAAUGUGUUGGUGCCGUUUUUGCCCGCCUCGUUGGCCCCAAGAUGCCUCGCAAGGUGCUGCUCUGUGUCUCCUCGCUGCUGGCUGCUGUGCCAGUCAUCCUGCUGGCCCUUUUCAAGCACUUCCAGGAGAGCUGGUCUCUGGGCCUCUGGUGUGAGCGCUCUUUGCCCAUCAUCCUGCUCGCCAUUCAGCUGUUCUUCGUCAGCUUUGGGCUCUAUCCCCUGGCCGCUGUCGUCAGCAGCGAAGUGCUGCCCACAAAGCUGCACGACUUGCUCUAUUCAGUGGCCUCUGGUGUUGCCUGGCUGCUGCUCUUCGGCAUGAUUGAGGGCUUCAAUGCGGUUAAGUCGCCGAUUGGACCUGGGCUGGUGCUCUACCUGUGGGUGUUUGCCGCGGCCUCCAUCCUCGUGGGACUCAUUUCGAUGCCGCUGCUGCCGGAGACGCGCAAUCGGCGACCUUCGGCCGUGCAAAGGGAACUGGGCUACGUGGGCCAGGAGGGCGUGGCCAAGGCGGGCAGUGCCACCAACGGGCACAUUUCCUCGAACAUCUGAACAAUUAAAUUACAAUUAGGCCUAAUAUAAGUAAAGCACAAGUUAAUUAAGAGUGGCGCUUGUUUUUCACUU